GGAGGCGUGACUCGCUCGGCAACGUGCUUGCGGCAGAGCGAGCGAGAGCGAGGCUCGGCCGUGGGAGGCAGCACCGGCCGCAAGACGGACAGCGCGCGGCAGCCGGGGCCAGCGUCGCGCGCGCCGGGGCAUCGCGCCGCCCCCCCGCACCGGCGCCGCUGGGUCCCCCCCUCUUCGCUGCGACACCACGACGUGCCUGAUGGCGACGCCAAGCACGACAUCAUCUUCCGCAAGGUUCGCGGCAUCCUCAACAAACUCACGCCAGAGAAGUUCCAGAAGCUCAGCGACGACCUGCUGGGCCUUCAGUUGGACUCGGACAAGGUCCUCAAAGGCGUAAUUCUUCUCAUAUUCGAGAAGGCGUUAGACGAGCCCAAGUACUCGUCCAUGUACGCCCAACUCUGCAAGCGGCUCAGCGAAGAGGCGCCCAACUUCGAGCCGCCCGGACAGCCCUGCACGUUUAAGUUGUUACUGCUGAACAAAUGCCGGACCGAAUUCGAGAACCGCGCGCAGGCCUUCGCCGCGUACGAGAACAAGGAGCUCUCGCCGGACGAGGAGGAGAAGCGGCACCUGGCAAAAUGCAAGAUGCUCGGCAACAUCAAGUUCAUCGGGGAGCUCGGCAAGCUGGAGAUCCUGGCCGAGUCCAUCCUGCACCGCUGCAUCCAGAACCUGCUGGCGCGGCGCGCGGCGGCCGAGCACCACGAGGACCUGGAGUGCCUGGCGCAGCUGGUGCGCACGUGCGGGCGCGUGCUGGACUCGGAGCGCGGCCGCGGCCUCAUGGACCAGUACUUCGCGCGCAUCGAGACGCUGUCGGCGUCGGCCGAGCUGGCGCCGCGCAUCCGCUUCAUGCUGCGUGACGUGGUGGAGCUGCGCCGCGGCGGCUGGGUGCCGCGCGCCGCCGUGUCGGCCGAGGGCCCGGUGCCCAUCCACCAGCUGCGCGACGACGACGAGCCGCCGCCGCGGCGCGAGCGCGAGCGCGACGCGCACCGCGAGCGCGACUCGCUGUUCCGCGGCGGGCUGCGCGCGCGCCCGCUGGACGACGUGCUGGCCGGGCUCAGCCUGCAGCCCGCCGCGCCGCUGGUGCCGCCGCCCGACAAGCUGUUCGGCAACGGCUUCGGCGCGCCGCGCGACGCCUUCCGCCAGCGCUCGGCGCCCGGCUACUACGCGCACUCGCGGCCGGCGCCCGCGCACUUCCCGGCCAAGGCGCCCAAGGACGCGGCGCGCGCCAAGACGCGCCUGCCCGCCGCGGCCGCGCUGGCCGACGUGCAGAUGCGCCCCGCCGCCAACUCGCUGCUCUUCACCGCCAACCGCCUGUCGCGCGAGCCGCCGCCCUCGCUGCAGCCCGUGCACAGUCAGUAUCCGCUCGGCCCUCUCUUUCGUGCACGCCCCAGCCGCUGCGAUCGCGCGCAGAGGCCGGGCCGGUGUAAAUCGCCCAGCGCGACGAAGGCGGUCCCCGUUCCCGCCGAGGCCAAUGCGCUGGUGGAGGGAUACGCGCCGCUACUGACGGCGCUGCUGGAGGGCCGGCCCGAGCUGCAGCUGGCUGCUGUGUACGCCGUGCAGGUGCACGCGCACCACCACCGAUACCCCAAGGGUAUGCUGCUGCGCUGGUUCAUGUACCUGUACAAUCUAGAGGUGUGCGAAGAGGACGCGUUUCUGCGCUGGCGCGAGGACGUCACUGACGCAUACCCUGGCAAGGGCGAGGCUCUUUUCCAGGUGAACACGUGGCUGACUUGGCUGCAGCAGCAGGAGUCCGAGGACGAGGAAGUGGAGGACUAGCCGCGGGAGGCAUCCGCCGCCCGCCGCCAGCGCCGCGUUGCGCUCGCACCGCUUUUAUUUCGCGCUCAUCUCACUAUAUAAAUAUUAUUAAGCCAAAUAGUUAAAUACCUACCUUCUUUACCCUUUAACGCUAGAUUCGCCGCAGCGACGGCGACUCCAGUGUUAAAUAGGUCAAUUUAUAGGUUACUACUACGUAAACAAAUGUUAGUAUCUCGAGAUAAUUUUUUGUAGGCCUUUUACUCGAUUUUGAUACUUUUACAAAUGUAUACAAUGUAUAGUGUUCGUUUGGAUGUAUGAUUGCACUCCGAUCUGCCCCUCCCGUGUUUGAGCGUAUUUUAGUUGGAAUUGUAAAAAAUAUAUAUAUAUGGAGAACUUAAAUCAAUUUUUAUUAUUAAUAUCAUGAUCAUAUUUUCAAUGCUAAAUGGACUUAGUGAUAACUGAGUAAGAUCGCUUAAAUUCCAUUGUAUUAUCAAAUUUUAGAAUUUUGUAACUAGAUAAAGUAAAUACACAAAAAAUAUGCAAAUGAAUCCCUCAGAUUUAAGAAAUGUAUGUUGCGUGAGUUGUAAUAAAGUUGUGAAAUGAUGCAAGGUUAUUGUUAAAGUAACAUUGGUCAAUAUGUAUUCAGGACGAGAAAUAAACUUCAGUGUAAUUUAUUACAUCCUUGUUUUAUGUCUUUUUUAUCUCCUACAUAAAUAGCUUUAACUAUAACUAAAUUAAUAUUUUAAUGGAGAAAUGCCGCUGUGAAGAGUGGUGUAGGUGAAGCAUAAUCUUAAAGUCGGCACGCCCAUCAC